CGUGGCUCUCGCUCGCAACCGCCAUUGUCGCCUCUCUCCCGAGCUUCUUAUAUAUAUCAAGAUGAAACCGCCUCUCGCUUUCGUUGCUUGUGUCCGGUGCGAAGCACGAGCGUAGUGGCCGCCUUGAGACGAAGGUCUUGUGGCAGAGCGACUGGUGUUUGGAUUGAGAAGGCUCUCUGUUCUUCCUUCUGGUUUCAUUUAGCGUGAUGACGGGUAAGGAGCCCUGGGGGGAUACGGAGGGUUAUGAGGGCUCCCGGUCUUAUUACAGCAUUCUCGGCGUCGCUCCUGGUUCUUCUCUGGAGGAGAUAAGGCGUGCUUUUCGCAAGCUCGCUAUGCGAUGGCAUCCUGAUAGGUGGACGAGAAACCCUUCUCUGUUGGGCGAGGCCAAGCGCAAAUUUCAGCAAAUUCAGGAAGCUUACGAAGUAUUGUCAGACCAGAGGAAGAGAACAUUGUACGACGCGGGGUUGUAUGAUCAGCAUGAUGAAGCAGACGAGGGGUUCUGUGACUUUCUGCAAGAGAUGGUGUCUCUCAUGGGACAGGCCAGAAGAGAGGAGAAACAAUAUACCAUGGAAGAUUUGCAAACGAUGUUCAUGGAGAUGGCGCAGGGUUUUGAGUUUGGGCCUUGGCCAUCUGAAGCUAUGAUCUUUGAGGAUCGCAAGAGCACUAAGAGAGCACGGUGCGACUUGGACUUGAUGCCAGACGCACCGCAUUCGCAUGUAUCGGGGUUCGGGAUGUACAAAACGAGCGGUCGUUAUUGCCGCUGAGACUAACUCCAGUAUAUGCUACGGAUGCAUGGAGGAAAAGUUGGG